AAGGGACAUGUUAAUAUCAAAUGUUUAUAUCAGGAAGUUAAGAUGUCGGUUGUAAAGUGGUUUUAAAACGCAACUGUUCAACUAUGUUCGUAAGGAGUAAUUAAUAAAUGAUGUAUAAAACAUCCGUUUCAUCAGUUAAUCAAAUAAAGAUAUGUUUAGAGUAUACGUUUAACUGACUUGAUGAUUUAAGUGAUAAUUUAAAAGAAAAAUUAAACAAAACAAUAUGGUAGGAACUGUAUCAUUCUUCGUUCUUUUGUCAGUGUCAUGUUGUAAAGGUACGCUCUACAUGUCCACUGGAAAUUCUACUUGGUCAGGUUACAAUAAUGGUUGUAUUCCAGCCACACCAAAAGUAAAAGUUGGUACUGACAAGAAUUAUUAUGUUGAUGAAAGUCUUGGUCUAGAUUUGCCGUUCAAUGACAAAGUAUGGGUGGGUUAUUACCAGGUUGUGAGAGUAUUUGAGUACAUAGGAUGUGUUUCGAUGGAAAGCAUUCUCAACAAUAAGCUACAUGCCUUUGUUGAAAUAAACGGUGAUCCUGGACAUUGUUUUCCAGGAUGUGGUGAUCACACUAUAGUUGGCGUUACAAAAACAAAGUGUUACUGCCUGAGUUCAGACAUAACGUUAACAGAUCCUACACAGACCGAUUGUCGUCACGAAUGUAAACACCCUAUUGUUUCGUGUGGUUAUGAUAGUACGGUUAUGAAUUAUGCUUUCCUAUCAAUUUACAAAAUGAACCCAAGUGUGACAGCUAGUGCAAUACGCAAUGCACAAAAUGAGGGACAUAACUGUCUCGCGUUGAAUCCUGUCGCCCCAAAAAGCUUUUAUUGGGAGAAAUGUACCCAUUUCUUAGUACCAAUGUGUGCAAAUGUUAAGUAUAUAUUUAAUCAUUUUAUAAAUUAUUCAUUGUUUCUAUUGCUUUAUACUAAUUGUUGUAUUAAUACUACUUGUUUGCAACGUCUGUUUUCACUCUAGUAACGAGACACCCAUAUAUUUUUUUACGAAGCAACGCUUUGAAAGACGGUGACAGUCCUAACAUUAAUUUAUAUAUUGCCGGUGUUAUGGCCGAGCAGCUGGGAAAAAUAUGUCUACGAAUUUUCGGUGGUGUCUAACAAACACUUUUUAUGUUUGAAACUCUGGUGUUUUGAAAUAACAUACUUACCAGUAUAUACACGUAUUUUGUUACGUACAGCAGCGAUAGACAUAGAGUUGGUAUUGAUCAAUCGCGGCCGACUUUGCUAUUUCAACAAGGUAUCAAUAUGCUUUAAAUUAUUUGGUUACAAUUAUAGGCGAUUUUUUAGUGUUUUUUUACCUUUAAAAUGUGAACAAACUUUCGUCAGCUUUAUGUUCCAGUUUUAAAGAAUGUCUAAAGUCUGUAUUUUAACCUGAGGGGUACAGCUAAAAAUUCUCAGUCUUUCUCUUGAUAAUAUUGCUAAAUAUAUAUAUAUAUCCUUUUUGGAUGAAUAUUUAGCAAUUAUAUAUAUAUUUAAAAGCAUUUUAUGUUCUUUCUCUAUUUUGAGACUAUUUUGUUCCAAAUUAAAGUUUACAAGAGAACUCAACUGGAAAUACAUUUUCUAUUGAAGUUCUUUUAAUAAUUAUAAAACAUGAGUAAAUUGAUUUUUUUGUAUAUCAUUAUUUGUAUAGUUGACUAUUUUAAGUGUACACUACUAGCUGCAAAAUUAUGAGGUACUUUUAAUGUUGACAAAACAAAUUGACUAUGAAUUUGUUACAAAUGGAUUUUGAAAAGCUAAAGUGUUGUAUUUCAUAUCUUUGUGUAAGCAAGUUAAGUUCAUUUUUAUGAUUUUCAUGGUAUUUAAAAUAUUGUAUACAGAUUGCAUUCAAUUUUAAUCGUUUUUUAUUAUUAUUUCAUAUUUAUUUUUUGUUGUUUUUUUU